GGAGCGCAGUAACAUUAACCGACUCUAUUAAACUGAUUCUUCAAUUGUCAUCUAUCAAUUCUUGUUUCAUCUCCCUUCUCAUUAAAACGGCAGUGUGUUUUAUUACAAGUAGGCUAUAAACAAAACUAGUUGCUAUAAACAAAACUAGUGUCAUACAAGGAAGCUCUCCUGUGGGUGGUUCUAAACAAGAGCCAUUGUUUGUGCAUGAAGUAAUGCACAGAGGGGUUACCGAGAUCUUCUUCCACCAUUUAAGCUGCUUAACAAUUUUUAAUAUUUAUUUUAUUAUCCCUAUAUCUGUAGGAAUAGAAACUACCAGCAUAGAGACAGGCCAUUCUGAACUUUCGGGCAGUCUGACCAGGCUACAUUCUGUUUGUAGCUCAGUAUUUUUGUUUUUUCCGACAUUAAAACCCCUUAAAUAUUGAAUGGACUGUUCCAAAUUCAAAGUGAGGCAGAAUCUAUUACACAAAUUUAAGAAGAUUAAUGGAACCGUCUGCUUGUAAAACAAUUUGAUUUUACAAAAUGUACAUCAAUAAAGUGUAUUUGUAUUUCAAUGACUCGUGUACAAAUAAAGGGAGACUAAUACAAUUUAGGUCUUAUUACGCGCAUGUUUCGGCUGCAAAUGUACAGUAUUGCCGUGAUUUUUUUAUACUGAUUGGUGUGUAAUAUUUUGCAAUCAAACAACAAAAUUACACAUUUUUUAAAGAAAGAGAUAACACGUACAUCCUGUAAUUGUCGUUUGAAACAAAUUACAUAUAUAGAAUGUUAUGCUGUUUGAAUUUAAGUUAAAAAUUAACGUUAAUAAUGUUUCAUUUAGGGGAUUGAAAUAAAUAAUAUAUGUUUAUAUGGAAUGCAAUGUCAUUUGAAUGAAAAUGUAUGUUUUGUUCAAAAUAAUGAACGCUAAUAUGAAUAUUAAAUAUGAAAAUGGAAUGGCAUGCGGUUUGAAGUUAAAGUAAAUAACCUACAUGUAUGUCUAAUGCGAAAUCUAUAUUAAAGCCUUUUUUUCAUACAGGCAUUUUGGAAUGAUUUUUUUUUUCUAAAUUAAAACAAUUAUUUUAUUAUCUACAUGCUGGAGAUUUAUAGCUUUAUCAGCACUUCAAAAUAAAUGAUAUUUCAUUAUAAAUAUUAUAGAUGUAUACAGAGCAAUGCUUUGUCGAUUGAAUAAAAGUAAAUAAUAUUUAAUGAAACGAAUUUUUGAGUGUUGAAUUCAAUACAUGUAUUAUAUUUAAGGGAAGUGGUGGCCUAGUGGUUAAGGUGAUGAAUUACUGCAUUACAGCGUCAUGUUUUAAUCCGCGGGAAGAAAAUAGAUCCCACUUCAGACGUCGCUCCAUUAAGUUACAUUCAAACCAUGUAUUGAAUCUUUUUAUAAGUUAACAUUUUAAACUAUUAAAGGAUAUGAAUAAAUAAGGGAUUAGUUGUAUAUGAACAUAGCUGGAGAAUAUACAUAUAAAUAUAUUAUAUAUAAAAUCGGUCUCAAUAAUGUUAUAAAAAGGAUUUUUAAUCCGGUACUUACAAAAUGAGUUUAUAAAAAAAGUUAACUGUAAACAUAAUAUUAUACAUGUUUUUACUAAUCUGAAUUUCUUUUUUCUUCUUCUUGAAUGGGAUUUGUUACUAGAUGGAUUGCAUGUUUUGAAAUUCGAGUAAAAGGAUUUAACCAUUGAAUAAAACAUGAGUGACGACGAACUACGCCCGGAACAAUUUCUUGAGUUGCGAGAAAAAGAAGUGUUCGAUUUAUUUGACAAAAAUGGCGACGGUUUUAUCACUCAGAAUGAGUUAGGAAACGUGCUACGGUGUAUAGGAUAUAAUCCGACGGGUGCUGAGGUGGAAGACAUAUUAAAAAAGUUUGAUUCCGAUCAUAACGACAAAAUUACGUAUGAUGAGUAUGUUGAUAUGUUAAAGAAACAUUUAAAAGACCCUAGUGCGUUUGAUGUCGAGUUACGAGAAGCUUUCAAAAUGUUUGACAGAGACGGGACCGGUGAUUUAGAUUUUAAAGAACUCCGGAAAGCUUUGAUGUAUUUUGGGGAGCCGUUAACGGCCGAGGAGACCAACCAGUUGUUUAAAAUGAUGGACGCUGAUGGAGACAAGCAAGUUGAUGUUGAAGAAUUUGUGAAGUUUAUGCUCAAGGGGUAUGACGAAAUCAAGAAAGUGGAAGAAUGCUCACAGGUCCAAAUGUCAUCAUCCAAAAAAUGAUUUGAGUUAGAAACUGUUUUCGUGAUUUAAUGCCAUAUCAUAUUUAUUUAUUAAAGUUAUUUAUAAUAAUUUAUCUUUUAUAAAGUAUGUGUUUAUAUUUGUAAAUUAGUAUACAACUGAAAUGUUGUGAAGUAGAGAGUUGUACAGCGGAGUAGCGUAUAUAUAAACGUUUAUUUAUUGCCGACAUAUACAGUUUGCAGUGAAACAAGGCAUGUUAUGGUCAAGCGCACGUUGGGGUCCAACUGCAAAGUUUAUAUAGCUUACUUUAAUUAAGGACACAAAUAACGGAUAUUAAACCAUACAAUAAUUAUGUUAGCAUCGACGGUAUCCUGGUGAUUCAUGUGAUAUUCAUAGCAACCAUCUGCUCGUACUAUCAUCUCCUUAUGCUGUAAAUACAUCAGAAAAUUGGGAAACAAAUGUAAAAUGUUUGUCUUUAAAUAAAAUUUAUCAGGAAUUGUAACUUUUGUCCAUAAAUUUAGCAGAACUUGUAAAGCGAAUGUAAAACAUUUGUCUAUAAAUUUAUCAGAAGUUGUAAAACGAAUGUAAAACUUAUAGUAAAUCUUUAAUGGUAUAUCAAACUUACACAGAUGUUCAAGUUCUUUGGAUACUUUGAAACACGGAUGUAAUCAAAUAUAUUAAUCUGAGCAGUUUAUUGCUUGUCCAUUCAACAGGAAACCAGGAUGUGGACUGUGGGAAUACUGGGACGUCCCAUCUCACCAAGGUCAAACACCACUAUAUAUCGGUUAGGUCAGUGACCACCACACUCCUCCCCGCCCUAUUUGAAAAGGCUGGCUGCCAGAUUAGACCUUUCUAGUAUCUAAUCCAGAAAUCAAUACGAGCCUAUUGAAUGACUUCCUGGAUCCUUACCAGUACUGGUACUGUACCAUGCUCAAGUACAUGUACCAAAUAGGUGAUUAUCUUUAACCAAUCACCUGAGCAGCUCAGCUAUGAUUUGAUCAGCUGAGCAGCCCCACAAAGGCUUACUCAAUCACCUGAGCAGCCCACUAUGCAGAAUUCUACGACUCACUCAAUCACCUGAGCAGCCCAUUGUAGAAUUUAUUAGAAUGAAUUGUCACCAGGAGCACCCAGAGAAGAAUUUACCAACAUUAGUCUCUAACAAUCACCGACAAACAUAGAAACCUCCUUCUAAUUGAUUCACUGAAGACUUAUCUCUUACUACUGU